UCCGCUUACAGCAGUUCAAAACGCUAAGCCAGUGAAAUCAAAUUCAUAAUUUUGACGCGUUGAGAUGCAAUUUGGAGUACGCGUUCGUCAGAUGCUUUUCAAACGAAAUCAAAUAAAUCGCUGAUAAUUAAAUCGAGUACUGUGGCCGACUAAUUUCUGAGUUUAGCUAAGCCAGCCACAGCCAAAAUCAUAUUUUAGUUGCUCGGCGUCGUCGCCGCAAAUAGGUUCGCAAAAAUCUCUUCUUAGCUGGCGAGCGAUUAGGUGAGGUGGGGUGCAGUACGGUGCAACGCGGUGAACUUCAAUGCACUCGCUUUUAUUUUGUUUAAUUUUCAUUACGAUUUAUUAAAUCUCGCGACUUGUCUUUGCUAAGAGCUCAAACUUAUGAAGGCGAUAAAAUAAUUGCUUGCUUCUUCUUCAACACUUAAUAUUUUCAAUUAAUUCUUUCCAUUUUUCGUCUUUCAUCUCUGGAUCGGUCAUUAAGUUUACUCUAGAAUGAGAUCACGUUUUUAACUCAUUUCGAAACGAUUUCAAGUUCAAAACUGUGCUUUAACGUAACGCAGUGACAUUUAAUUACCAGACGAAAAACUGUGCUUAAUUCUGUCUUGCUUUUGAAGAAUAAAAUAAUAAUUGAUAAUUGUGAAAAAAUGGUGUACGAAACGUCUUACGAAUUUGGCCGAUCGCCUUUUCGGCCAGAUAAGGAGCGUGGAUUUUGGUCCUCACCAACAGAUUUUGUCUACGCUUGCAUCAGUUCAUCAUUCAAAAUAGAAGUCUUUUCCUUAUGCUGGAUGUUCUUUUUUGAUAUGGGAGUGUAUGGUUUACUGCCUUUCGCUUUAUGUUUAUGCAUUUAUAUUGUGCCAUUAAUGGUAAUACAAACAUUUAUGGGUCAAUUUUCGAGCAGUGGAUUUAUAUCGGUAUUUCGGAUAUCACCUUUUUUUAAAGGAAUGGGAUACAUAAGUCUAGCACUGAAUUAUUCAGUACUCUCGUAUUACAGCAUAUUUGCUGUGAUCCCAAUGUUCUUCUUCUUUAAUUCCUUUUGGCCUACACUACCAUGGAGUUGCGAAGCUGUUAAAACAUGGGAUAAUAAGACAUUUUCACUCGAAAAACCCAGUUUAUGCAAUAUAACUCAUGAGCAAGCAGAUAAUGACUCACUUUCUUAUAUAACUUUUUCUGUUCCAUCAUAUUUAUACUUUGAAAGCUAUUAUGGAAAUAAUUAUCCCUUUGAAUACCGUACUAGUCCAUUGAUUAUAUCGUGGAAUAUGAUUAUUUAUUGUAUCAUCACAUGGCUUGUAAUCUCAUAUAUAUUUUACAAAUUCUACGAACCCGAAAAGUUUGGUAAAUUGGUGCGGUACGCUAUAAUCGGUACAUUAGGAGUGGUAUGCUUAUGUUUACUGCGUUUUAUUUUCUUACCAGGUGCUUGGAAUGCCUUACACAAGUACUUUAAUCCCAGUUUCGAUAAUUGGAGAGAAGGUAUACCAAGCAUUCUAAUCUAUGCAGUCUCAUUUUUUGGAGCUGGUUGGGGAAAUGUAACUACUCUGUCUAGCCUUAACAAAUUUCGCACAGACAUCAUGCGGUAUAGUUGGAUUAUAUGUAUAGCACAAUUGUUAGUUUUUUUAGCAUUUGGAUUCGUUUCCUAUCUGGUACAACAGCAUUUUGUUGAGGUUACUGAUAAUAAUUAUUAUACUUUCGUGGAGCAUCAUUGGGUCUUAUACAUGUCUACCGGCACUGCUAUUGCUAAUAUGAGUUUUGCAAAUAUGUGGUCCAUACUCUUCUACGGCAUGUUAUUUGUGACUGCGGUGAUCGUGAUGGUUGUACAACUGCAAACCAUUUUUAUUAGUUUAUUCGAUGAAUUUGAAAUACUGCGGCAACACAGGAAGGAAACAAUUUUUGGAAGCAUUGGCGUUUUGACAUUAAUGUCACUCUAUUUCACCUCAAAUCAUGGGUUGGCUAGUUUUUCGGCACUUCAAGCAGACGCAUUAUUUACUCAAACUACUCUUGAUCUUCUACUACUACUGGUAGUCCUAUGGAUAUAUGGACGUGAACGUUUCCAACGUGAUAUAGAAUUUAUGUUGGAAAAAACUUUUGCUACUUGGAAAAUCAAUGUCUUACGUUAUCUAAUCCCAAUAUUUUUGUUAUUUACUUUGUUGGUAUCUAUUUUUUAUUCGAUUUCCGAACAUUUGUAUGGUUCGCCUGUAACGCUUAUUAUUGCAUUAUUUUUAAUUGUGCUACCUUGGCUGCUAAUACCUGGCUAUGGGAUUUACAUUGUCUCACAAACAUCGGGAGAAUUUUGGACACGUCUCAAACGCUGUUGUAGGCCAUUGGACUGGUAUCCAACAGAUCCAGAAGAGCGUCGAAAAUACGAGGAAGCUAUGAGUGAUGUAGACAUGACACAUCAAUUAAGUGAAGUAGAUGGAGAUGUGCUUUAACUACAAGGAAAUAAUUUUUUGUCGAUUGCUGAACGAAAUUAUUUGUUAAUAUAUUACAUACAAAAUUUAUAAUAUUUAAAUUUAAAAAAAUAAAAUGAAAACAUACAAAAUUGGAACCAAACCAGAUAAACUAUAGGUAUAUAGAUUUAUAAGUUCAAAAAUUAGGAUGCACCUAUCAAACCAUUAAACCACAAACAAUUGUUCUUUCAAUAGCCACUCAAUAGAGAGCAAUAGAGAGCAAUAGAGAACAGUGUUACAAAAAGCAAUAAAGACACUUUUUUUAUUGUGA